CCUAGUACCAUGCCAUGUCAUAGGCUAUUCUAGUCUGUGCGAGGCUUUCCGAAGAAUUCUUAACAAGUAUCACUUGAUAUAGGCCGAUAUAAAAGUGACGCUAUUGCCGGCCGUCUUUAUUACUAUCGUGCCAUUCAAUCUUGACUUGACUUGCCUAGCGCCACGAAAAUUCCCUAACUUGCAACGCGAUAAAAUCAGACACGUCUUUCAAUCCAUCACCAUGUCGGCCCAACCCCUCAAUGAGAAUCGGCUGUUUAUCAAUGGCGAAUUUGUCCCUUCAGUCUCUGGCAAGACCUUUGAUUUAACCAAUCCUACCACAGAAGAGAAGAUCGGGUCCGUCUAUGAGGCCGGUGCUGAGGAUGUAGACCUUGCUGUCGAGGCUGCCAAAGCCGCGUUUCCAGCCUGGUCCGCUCUCUCGGCUGAGGAGAGAUGUGAUUACUUAAUUAAAUUGGCUGACGAAAUCGAGAAGAAUGAAGACUUGUUUAUGCAUCUGGAAGCUAUUGCUAUGGGCAUGCCGCAGUCUGGAACUAAAUUUGUUAUUCAACUUGCAAAGCGAUAUUUGAGAUACUUCGGAACCCAUGCCAUUGACAUCACCGGAGAAACAUCUCUCAAUACAACUGGAUAUAUCAACUUGUCCAUCCGUCAGCCGUACGGCGUAUGCGGAGGCAUUAUCCCAUGGAAUGCCCCAUUGUUCAUGAUUGUCACCAAGCUUGGACCGGCUCUGGCGGCUGGCAACACUAUGGUGGUAAAGUCAUCAGAAAAAUCCCCCUUCGCGUCGAUCGUCGUGGGUCUUUUGUGCCAGAAUAUCGGCCUUCCUAAGGGUGUUUUGAACAUCCUGAAUGGGUUUGGUCGACCUUGCGGUGAGGCCAUCGCUAAGCACAUGGAUAUCAGAAGGAUCUCGUUCACGGGCUCGGUUGCCACUGGACGAGCCAUCCACAAGGCCUCAGCCGAGUCUAACUUAAAAGACGUCAGCUUGGAACUUGGUGGUAAGAGCCCUUUGCUUGUUUUUGACGAUGCACCUCUCGAGAAGACUGUCAUGGCUGCCGCCUUUUCAAUCUUGUACAACUCGGGCCAAGUCUGCAUGGCUAGCACCAGGAUCUACGUGCAAGAAGGGAUUGCUCCCAAGUUUAUUGAAGCUCUAAAGGGUGCAAUGUUGGAGCUGGGUGUACCAGGAGAUCCCUUGCUUGCCAGCACCAAGCGCGGGCCACAAGUUGAUAAGCUACAAUUUGAUCGCGUCUUGUCUUUCCUUGACCACGCAAAGGAAAAGGGUUAUGAUAUUGCACUUGGCGGUAACAAGGCUCUCGAUAAGGGCUACUUUGUGGACGCCACAAUCGUUCGCGAUGUGCCAGAGAACGACAAGUUGAUCAGAGAGGAGAUUUUUGGACCUGUUCUCGUUAUCAACACGUUCACAGACGAAGACGAGGUCUUGAAAAGGGCCAACGAUACCGAAUUUGGUCUAUACUCGAGUGUUUUUACGAGUGACAUUUCACGGGCCCUGAGGGUUGUCAAAUCACUAGAAGCUGGUGCUGUUGGGGUGAACUGUACUAGUCCAUUCAUGGCUAUUGACAUGCCGAUGGGUGGCUGGAAGCAGAGUGGUGCGGGAGGUCGGGAGUUUAGCAAAGCCUGCUUGGAGACCUGGACCCAGUUGAAGUCUGUGUUCAUCUCCUUGUAAGGGGUUUCUCAGCGCUGACCUCAAUUCAAGUAUCAAGUCAAGUAUUUCAAGUAAGUCAAGUAAGUUGACGGCCCUAUAUAUUUCAAGUAAUUAAGUUCAUAAUGCCUCAAACUUGAUUUGCUUGAUUUACUUGAAAUACUGUAUUUUAUGGGUUUUCCUGUGCGACGGUCCUGGGAGUGACGAGGCCCUUCGGGGUUCGUCGGGCCUAAGGUGUAGGGUAAUGAAUUUGAUGUGGUCCGGAAUGUGACCCCGAGCUGAUUGCACCAAUGAUAAUCAAGGGACACGGUAGGGGUGUCGCGGAUUUAUUGUUUUGUUCGCCCGCGUGUUCGAGACGUGUCGCAGCUGACUCAGAACCCAAGUCUGUAUGAGAAGCAUCCACGAUCCGCGGUUC